GACGGGCCGCAGGUUUCGCGCGAACGUAAGUGCUCCUCGCAUCGAUCCUCCGUCUCGAUCGGAAGCAAAACGCACGUCGCGUGUCUCGGGAGUGCCGUGCCGAGUGUCCAGCGCGUUCAUCUCGCCUUGGUUAGUACGCGCGCGAUCGUAAUUCGAGUCCUGUUCAGUUUUCGCGAGUGUCGUGCGAACUUGACGAAAGAGACGCCGCGGCGGUUAGCAGGAGAAGACCCGGGACGGCGUCGGUGACGGCGGAAGGACUGCAAGAUGCUGUUGUGUCACCUUUCUGGGAGUUUGCCGGUGUCGCCUUUGCAAUUGGCAGCAGAGUCCGCGGCUGAUGUCACACUCGCUCGACAUGGUGCACUCCUCAUCUCAACUGAGACUACUACUUCAAAAUGCUGACACGGAUGAAUCUGGUUCGUUUCUUCGGUUGCGUGCUCGUUGUCGCCGUUAUCGAAAUGACGAUUACCUGUGCCGAGCUGGACUCCACAGCUAGAAUGACCAGAUCGGAAUUGAUCGACUCAGACAUUAAGCUAAAGAAUUUCGCCGAUUCUGUUAAAAAUUAUUAUUACACGUUUGGAAAAGCAAGGUAUGGCAAACGAAGUGAUGCUGUGCCAAUGAUGGAGCUGAACGCCAUUUGGGAGACCCUGAAGAUGAUUCAGGAUGCUCAGAGGCAAAACAAACAGCAAAGGGAAGAGAACAUCAGGCAGAACAAAGAGCAAAUCCUGCUCCGCGACUUUCCGAGCUCGGACGAGUAUACAUCGUACACGAUACGGUUCCCUCCGGAUGUAAUCGGCAAAUAUUACAAUGAUGUACAAUAAACUAUGUGAUGUCCUCCUUCCUUUCCUAAUAUCGAGAUUAAUUUUCUCUCGACAUUGGAAUAAAGUAAAGUUCUCUAUCGUCUCGAUCAA